CGGAUGAGCACGGGCCCCGCCUGGGGCCCCCGCCAUGGCCGCUCCGUGGAAGGGCGCGCUUCUGCUGCUCCUGGCGUUGCAGGCCGUCUCCUCGGCGCAGGCCUCGGACGAGGAGGAGGUGCCCGAGGGCUGGGUCCUCCUGCACGUUGUGCAGGGUCAGGUAGGAGCCGGGAACUACAGCUACCUGAGGUUAAACCACGAGGGGAAGAUCGUCCUCAGGAUGCGCAGCCUGCGGGGCGACGCGGACCUGUACGUGUCCGACAGCACCCUGCACCCCAGCUUCGACGAGUACGAGCUGCAGUCGGCCACGUGCGGCGCCGACGCCGUCUCCAUCCCCGCGCACUUCCGGCGCCCUGUGGGGAUCGGUGUCUACGGGCACCCGUCCCACCUCGAGAGCGAGUUCGAGAUGAAGGUCUACUACGACGCGACGCUCGAGCCGCAUCCAUUCGGUGAGACCGCCUACUCGGACGGUACUGAUGCGAGUCGCAAGCACGCCUAUGCCCCGGAAGACGCGUCUCAAGAAGAGGAGUCUGUGCUUUGGACGAUAUUAAUUAGUAUUUUGAAGUUGGUACUUGAGAUUCUUUUUUGACUCCCUUAACAUACUCGAGUAUAAUACUUGUAACCUGCGAAGCUGAGUGCACUUCGCUGUGAACCUAGCUACUCUGACCUGGUUGGCAUUCUGGUUACCUUUUCUGGGUGGGGGAUGAAAGAAUAAAGCCAUACAGUUUAGUUACCUCAGUCACUCCAAAAGUACGCAAAGCAGCAAGCACGAUAUGUUUUCUUUUAAUAAAGCAUCAAAAUUCCUGUAAAAGGAAUAUGCACAAUAAAAUGUUUAAACCCCACUUUGAUUAGUUUGUCAGGUGGCUAGAUGAUUGCAGUGACUUAGGUUUUUACUCUAGAGACUCAAAUAAAUUAGUGUGUUAGUUUUAAAGAAUUACUAAAAGCAAGUCUGAAAUGUAAUCAUCUCUCCACACUUGCCUGACCAUGAACUAAAGUCCCCUGUCUACACCCGAAGUAGAGACAGCACCUGCUGUCCAACAGGAUUUCCUGGUAGGCGGGUGGUGUCGCCAUGCCCGUUAAUGAUGGUUCUUAACUCAGCUGCGCCAGAUCUCCUCAGGUGGUAGUUUUAUCAUCUUGGGCCCCUAUGGAGAUUCUUUCGUUAUUAAAUAACUGCUCUGCUACCCGUGGUAGACCAGAAAGGAUACAGAUUAGGAAAAUUUCAUUAAAAUAAUAGUAAAUUUUAGGUUAAUGGAAUAAUUUAAGCUGCAUAAUGUUACCACUGAAUUUCUGGAGAAAGCCAAAGUACUAAGAAAUAAAGACUUUGCAAGAUGGAACUAUUUUUCUACUUGGUUUCCACGGUGAGAGUGGCUUAUAAAUAAAUUUGCAGAUUUUAAGCAAGUAAUUUCAAAAUCUUUUAUUGGCAUAAAAAUGAGAAUGUUGUAAAUAAAUUGGCACCAAAUACUUCAUUUAAAUGCAUAUUACAGUACUGGGGUCAAAAAAACUAUCCCUCUUUGCUGUUUUUCCCCCUUCUGCCCACUUUCCUGGGUGUUGGGGGUGCUCGCUGACAACAGUCACAAAUCCAGCGACCUAGGAGAAAAAUUGUUAGUUAAUACAGGAUGAGACUUAACUUUCAAGGACUGAGUUUUAAAACCAUUUAGCUCUCCUCCCUUAGCUAAGGCUACUGAUAAUCCUCAACUGGAUUUCUGGUGGCACAGGCACUAACUUCCCUUAAGGUCAUCAGUGUCAUAAAUGCCCUGUGAAAUGCACAGGGGGAGGGAAGGGGUCAUGGAAGAGCUAAAUAAAGACAGGCCCCUUGAAAAAAUUAUAAUCCUUUCUGAAAUUCAAAUACUACAAGUUCAAUCAUACAAAUCCUUAUAUAAAACCUAUUAACUGACUUUGGCUUAUUUUUAGGCAUCUCAGCAUCCCCUCAAGUCCUGAUGUACUAUGCUCACAUAGCACUUUAAAAUGUAUCAAGUAUUUGAUAGCAUUAUGAUAAACUAUACCACAUACUUGACCUGAAUACUAUAGAAUUCUAAAUAAUUAUUUGUUGCUUACAUCUCAAUGAUUCCCAGGAAACCUAGGCAUAUAUUUUAUAAAGUAUCAGACAGUGUUAACUAUGCAAAUCAGUUCUGAAAUUACACAAUUAUGUGGAUAAUGUUUUAGUCAAAUUACUGCAAUUUAUUCUUUGAUUCUGUGUUCAUUCUGAAGUUAUCUGAAUUAUGUUGCCUCAAUUUACAAAAAUCUGGUUUAAUAUGUAUAAAGGCAUAUAAGUCAUUUUGUUAAAUUUCUAAAUGACAUAUAAAAAUAAAGGCUUUGAAACAAA